AUGUCUGAAUAGCAAGUAGGUUAAGAAUAAUUGGAUGUAACAGCAAUGAUGGAAGACUUGUAUGAAAAACUAGUUUUAUUGAAUUAUGAAUAAAGUUACGUAAAACAGAAAGGCGGGAAGCCAUUAAAUCGAGCAUACUUUGUCAAUUAAACUAAUUCAAGUGAGCAAUUCAGUCAAUUCAAAACAUUGGCAAAAUGGUUGUUUACUCAGAAUGAUGUUCAAACGACUGAUUUUAAUAAAUUAGAUGACCCUGUUACAUUAUCACAGAAUAUAUUGAAUGAGGUCAAAAAUAUUGGAAUCGACGUCGACUUUCCCCCACUUAAGUUAAAAUAAGGUUUUGGGGAAUAUGUGGUUUAUGUGUUAUAGCAAUUAGCAAGCAAAGCUUUAUAAAAAAAGAAGUUUCAAUUUAAAAAAGUCAAAAUUGAAUAGCAAUCUUAGACAUAAGAUGAAGAACCUGUUUAGGAAACUGGGAGUGUGUCAUCAGACUCUGAUCCAGAAGUAGCAUCAGAUGAAGAGCCAGAAGAUGUGUUUAAUGAAUAGGGAUUUCAAAAGGAUGAAGAGAGGAUGGUGAUAGAAUCUAAUGUGAAUCCAUAGGAAUGGGCAAAGGAAGUUGAGAGAGCUGCAUAAAAGAUUAAGAUAGUAAUCAAGCCUAAUGCUGGAGAAUGGAGACAACAUUUUGAUGCCACUAAAUAAUAUUCUUCACAAAUCAGAACUAUUUUACCAGAAGCUAGGAUUAAAUUGGAAAGAUUGACAGAUGAAUUAUCAGAGAUCUUAGAUAGGAUCAAUAAGAGAGAAUAUAAUAUUAAUGAAAAUAUGCAAGAUAUGGGAAGUGAAUACAAAAAGAAGAAUGAAGAUGUUAAAAAGAUUGAAUUGUAAUGCAAGAAUUAUACAAAUGCAAUCAAAGAAAUGGGAGAUCAAUACAAAUAAAUUUCAGAUAAGUAUGAAGCUGUGCAAACCAAAUUAAAUGAACAUGGUAGUAUAUCUACCGAUUAAUCUCCUGUGAUCAGAAUCAAGGCUGCUUUAACCAAAAUUAGAUUAGAAAUUAAAUAGAUGGAUCUCAGAAUUGGAGUAUUGUCACAUACUAUUCUAUAAAGAACAUAUCACGAUUCCAAAGCCAUGUAAGAAAGAGAUUUUCAUGAAAAUGGACUUAUAUUAAAUGAUUCAAAUGAGUUAACAGAUUGA